AUGGAUGUUGUGCACCUCCCAGAGAGUGCCAUCAAAGGCUCUAAUGAUCAUGGUGGUAGGGAGGAUAAGAGAUAUUUCUUGGGAUUAAGCAUUUCAGAUGGAAAGUACACUUUGCAACCUCACAUUGCUGUCUCCCUUGGCAAAUUUUCGGAUAAGCUCACAAGUGCCAAACAGAUACAACAAAUUCUUGGAAUUGGUAAUCACAUGUCCGAUUUCAUCCCAAAGAUUUCCAGAUAUAGGAACUGUUUAGCUCAACUCUUGAAGAAAACCCCUCUAGAGUGGAAUCUUGUUCAUAUAGAAGCAAUCCAACAAUUGAAAAGAUUAGCAGAAAAGCUUCCCCCACUACAAAUUCUAGGACCAGGCAAACGAAUUUUCCAGACAGAUGCAAGUGAUGAGUACUAG